CGGCCAUGUGCGGCGGUCUUCAGGAGUGAUGUAACGGGAGCCGGCGUCGUCGACGAGCGAAAUGCAAUAGCGAGACAUCGUGGCGUCCAAAGGGGUGGCGAUGGAAGCGGACGAACCGCCGAAGAAGGCCACCGGGUGUCGAGUGCCGCGGCCCGGACUUGGGCCAGUGCUGCUGUGUGUGGCGGUGGUGUGUGUGACAGUGUGUGGUUUCGUGGGGUGGCGGCAGGUCAGGGCCGAGCUGGGCCUGCUGGAGGAGAGGGUGCGACUGCUGGAGAAGAGGGCCGCCGAGGGGGCGGACGGGCUGCUGGAGCGGCUGCGGCGGGAGGCGGACGGGGUGGCGAAGAGGAGGGUGCUGAGGGACGUGGGGGCGAGAGGGGCCAAGAGGGACGCGCCGGAAUGCAUCUGUCCUGCAGGACCACCAGGCCCCCCCGGCCCCCCGGGCCCCCCUGGAAAGCGCGGCCGAAAAGGGAAAAAGGGCGACGCCGGCGACCCAGGCCCACCGGGUUCCGCUGGGGCGCCGGGCAAGAACGGCUUUCCGGGUGACAAGGGUCAGAAAGGCGAUAUGGGCUACAUGGGUCCGACAGGGGUGCGCGGAUUUCCGGGAUUUCCGGGUCCGAUCGGUUUGGACGGCCCGAAAGGAGACCCCGGCCGGCCCGGCGACAAAGGUCAAAAGGGCGAAGUGGGCAACCCCGGCUUCGACGUUUUCCAAGCGGUCAAACUGCCUGGAAGGGGUUUAAAAAGAUCAGUAACGACCCUUCGUGGAGGCACCCUGGGCUACGCCGAGAUCGUAGCAGUGAAGGGUGAACCCGGCGAACCCGGCCCCCCAGGUCCUCCAGGACCGCCCGGUUCAGAGGGACUCCCCGGCCACGACGGCAGGCAAGGAAUGCCAGGAGAACCGGGACCGCCGGGAGACAAGGGCGAGCCGGGACCCAUGGGUCCCGUGGGACCCCCAGGACUCGACGGUCUUCAAGGUCCUAAGGGGGACAGGGGGGUAAUUGGCAUGAUGGGAGCCCCAGGAUUCCCGGGACUACCAGGACACAUGGGCUUGCCUGGCAUACCGGGCCGAAAUGGAACGAAAGGACAACGCGGCGACAAGGGCGACAAAGGCGAGCGCGGCCUCACGACCACCCUCAGCGGCGACUUCCCCACCGGACUGGUCGAAGGGCCUCCGGGCCCCCCCGGACCCCCUGGUGAAAAGGGCGAAGCCGGACCCAUGGGCCCUCCUGGCGCGCCCGGGGAGAAGGGCGCCCGCGGCCGGCGAGGAAAACGGGGACGAGAUGGAGAUGUGCUAGCAAAGGGCCUGCCAGGCCCUAAAGGGGACGCGGGUGACCCAGGGCCCAGGGGGGAUAAAGGGUUUGCAGGCUUUCCAGGCCUUCCAGGUCCCAAGGGCGACAUGGGCUUGAUGGGUACCCCAGGCGAGUCCGGUCUCAACGGGGAACCAGGACCCCAAGGUCCGCCAGGUCUUCCGGGCCAAGUCGGUCCCAAGGGCGAGAAGGGCGAGUACGGCGACAUCGGGCCGCCGGGUCUCAUGGGCCCGCCGGGGCUCCCCGGCCCGCCCGGCUACCCCGGCCAGAAGGGCGAGAAGGGCGAAAAAGGCGAAUCAAAAUACAAAAAGCUGCGACGGAGACAGUUCCAGGGUGACGGUACUGGGGAGGUGACGACGGGCGAGGUGGUCAUGGGUCCGCCGGGACCUCCGGGACCGCCCGGCCAGAACGGGUUGCAGGGUCCUCCGGGAAUUAAAGGCGACAGAGGGAUGGACGGGAUAAAGGGCGAACCCGGCGAGAAGGGCGCAAAAGGAGAUCCGGGACCGAUGGGCCUACCUGGUCCCAUGGGUCUAAGGGGGGAAAGUGGUCGUCCGGGUGACUAUGGCAAACCAGGGCCCAUGGAGGACAAUAACUGGUGAUUCCCCGGAUCGUGAAGAUACUGCCAAACGUCGGCAUGCAGGGUGUCCGCGAACACCCUGUAUGCGUUGGGAGAUGAUAUUCUAAAUAGGAUUAAAGAGAAAUGUUUGUAUUUAUGCUGUAUUUACGCUGUAUAUCAAAAGGUCGCAACGAGAUUGCGACUUCCGACUCAUCCAGAAGCCUGUUAGGCGUCGACAAACCGUUUUACGUCCAUUUAGUACUUAACCUCCACCUUUACAGACUUGUCAAUUGAUAUAGGAGUGUAUUGAUAAAGAACCUAGACAGUGAAGAUCGAUUUUUAUAUAUUUAUUGAUACAUUUGUAAAAAGUUUUGCAAGACCAUUAAUUUAUAAGUUGAGAAUGUGUUGUAAUAUAAGUGUUACAUUUUUAUAGGUGUCUUAUAGUAGUAGUUUGUAACUAAGAAAAGAAAAACACAAAUAUUACGUGACUGAUACUAGAUUAGGGUUUGUAAAACCGAAAACCUGUAAGAUAUUUUACUUUUAAUAUUUUUAGGUUAACUAAAUAAGCUUCUGUAAACGAUAACAUGUACGAAAUAAAUGUAUGUGCAUGUGC